AAGAUGAUCAUUCUCUCUUCAGGCUCUCAGGUCUGUUGCAGCCAUGUUGGUGUUUUCUCUUUUGGCUCUGCUGCUGGUGUCCUCGUCCUGGGCUGAGGAAGAUGUUGCCACCAUUGAGGAGGACACAUCCAGGGAGCUUUCUGUUGGUGAACUGCUCGAGAGAGCCAACAGAGACCGCCAUCCUGGUCCUGAUGAGCCCACCCUGAUCGGAGGAGACAUCGCCAUCAAGCCUGGCGCUGACAGAAACGCCGACCCCUGCACCUCCAGAGGCUGCCUGUGGCAGAAGUACACCGAUGGGAAGGUUUACAUCCCUUACUACAUCGCCAACCACUACUCCUCCAGAGAGAUUUCCAUCAUCAAGCGUGGACUGGAGUCCUUCUCUGCAGUUUCCUGCAUUCGCCUCAGACCCUACCAGAAUGGAGAUUAUGAGUGGCUGAGCAUCGAGUCCAGGGACGGCUGCUACUCCUACGUGGGCCGUCAGGGUGGCGGUCAGACUGUGUCUCUGAGCCGUCAGGGCUGUCUGUACCACAGCACCGUCCAGCACGAGCUGCUCCACGCCCUCGGCUUCAACCACGAGCAGACCAGAUCUGACAGAGACAGCCACAUCAAGGUGUACUGGGAGAACAUCAUCGAUGGCAUGGCGUACAACUUCGACAAGAUCAACACUCUGAACCAGGGAACUCCUUAUGACUACAACUCUGUCAUGCAGUAUGAGAAGUACGCCUUCUCCAAGAACAACCGUCCCACCAUGCUGCCCAUUCCAAACAACAAUGUGGCCUUCGGCACGGCCACCCAGAUGAGCCAGAACGACAUUGACAGGCUGAACAGGCUGUACAAGUGCUAAACAGCACGUGACCUUUGACCUGCCUGCCUGAUGAUGUCAUCGUCGGCUGAUGACGGAGACGAUGAGUUUUUCGGGUGGAUGGCAGUUUGUGUUGUCCUUUCAAAAUAAAGCUGCAAACUUCAAAA